AUGUUCCUUCCCACGGUUCAAACGAUACUGGGCUUCUACUCUUUCAAAUUGUGUUUGAUGAUAUGGUUAUUUGAUGCAAUCCAGUCAGCAGCAAUGAAGUGUUUUACAUUCUCCUAUGGGGAGAAGAAAGAUGAGCCAAAAAGCCUGCAGUCAACAUCGGGUCGGUCAGACAAUUCCACAAAUGCUGAUGUUAGAAGAUCUGGUUCUGAGUUAAAUUCUCAGGAAGUUUCAGACAAUGGCAGCGCAGAAUCCCUCAGGAGGAAUGCAAUACCGAGUUUGUCCCAGAGGGUCAGCAACCUCAGAGUGUUUACUGUUUCUGAACUGAAAUCAGCCACAAAGAAUUUCAGUCGCUCUGUUAUGAUUGGAGAGGGCGGGUUUGGGUGUGUCUACCUAGGACUGAUUAAAAGUGUGGAGGACCCCUCUGGAAGAAUUGAAGUUGCAGUUAAACAGCUUAGUAAAAGGGGAAUGCAGGGGCACAGGGAAUGGGUGACAGAAGUGAACGUUCUGGGCGUUGUUGAGCAUCCGAAUCUUGUGAAACUAGUGGGUUACUGUGCAGAUGAUGAUGAAAGAGGAAUCCAGAGGCUUCUAAUUUAUGAAUACAUGCCAAACAGAAGUGUGGAACACCAUCUAUCUCACAGAUCAGAGGCUCCUCUCUCAUGGAGUAGAAGAUUGAAAAUAGCUCAAGAUGCAGCUCGUGGUUUAACAUACCUGCAUGAACAAAUGGAUUUUCAGAUAAUUUUCAGAGAUUUCAAAUCUUCAAAUAUCCUUUUGGAUGAACAGUGGAAUGCAAAGCUAUCAGACUUUGGGUUAGCAAGGUUGGGACCAUCAGAUGGACUGACUCAUGUCUCAACUGCGGUUGUGGGAACAAUGGGAUAUGCAUCUCCUGAAUAUGUUCAAACUGGACGUCUAACAUCCAAGAAUGAUGUGUGGAGCUACGGCGUCUUCCUCUAUGAACUCAUCACCGGUAGGCGCCCUUUAGAUCGAAAUCGCCCCAAGGGUGAGCAGAAGCUCUUGGAAUGGAUAAGGCCAUACCUAUCAGAUGGGAAGAAAUUUCAACUAAUAUUAGAUCCAAGACUUGAUAAGAAGCAAAUCUUCAAGUCAGCCCAGAGACUUGCUAUGAUAGCAAACCGAUGCUUGGUAAAAAAUCCAAAGAAUCGCCCAAAGAUGAGUGAGGUUUUGGAAAUGGUCAAUGGGAUGGUAGAAUCUUCAUCCAGUUCUAGUCCACAAUUGCCCUUGAAGAGUGUGGCAAGAGUGGAAGCUUUCCAGGAUACUGAAACAAAUAGCAAGAAACGGACCAUGGAUCAGAAGCCUGUUGAAAGUAGUUGGUUUGUUAGAAUGUGGAGACCAAAGCUUAUAAGAACCUGUUGA